CCUUUUCGCGGGAAAUGAAAAGUUAAAAGUUAAUAAUUUAUUGUCAUAAAUAACGGAAGCCUGCAGAUUAUCCCAUAUUUCAGGUCAAGGAAUCGGAUUCAAAUUAAUAAAAUAUAUUUCAAUCGUUUUAUCAAGUGCAUUAGCUUAUAAAGAUGACCAGUAAGAAACACUUCUUUAUUCUUCAAGAUCUAAUUAAAAAUCAAUCUGAUGAGAGCCUACAAAUCAUCACACUGCGUAAUCCGGCGACAGGAAAACCCACCAAAUACAUGCUCCGUAACGAAGGCCAGGAUCUGUACGAGCUAAACUGUUUUUCAGAAACAAAUCGAUCAUGGUUCAUCAACGAAACCGUAUGCUCCAACGGGAGAGUAUUUUUUCCCACCAGAAUGGAUCCGCUGUUUCUUGUAAUUCCCUACUUGGAGAAAAAAUGCUCCGACAAAGCCGUUCCUAUGGAUCACAUCCUGGUUGAUGAUGAAUUUCCCCAUAUGGGUAGAUUGGCUAAGGUCUGUGGGAUAAACCACCAAAUGGCAUUGAUAGCGGAUGAAAAGAGAGCAGGUGAUAUUUGUGCCUUUAAGUUCAACGAGGAGAAGCUAAUGAAUUGGCUGUAUCAAAAAUGUAUCCGGCUGGAGCAAGCACUUGGAAAAGAGCGGAAGUUUUCCCGGUCCCAUAAUUUUGUCAAAGAGGAAAAGGAAAACGAGCGUCAAGCGGGGGAAAUGCUGCAAUACGCUCAUGGCAUUAUUUCGGAUUACUUGAGUUUGGACCUUAGUAAAAAGUUGAGCGUACGUGUUGGGAUUCCAGAGGAAAAGAUUCCAAAUAAAAGAAAGUCCACGGCCGAGUUGGAAAUCAGUCAGAUUAAGAAGAUCAAGAAAGAGGAAAUUCACGAGACGACACCGAUUAAAUCCAUGGAGAAGAAGGUAAGUGCCAAAUCGAAGGCGUUAGCCAAGGCAGCAUCAGGAACAAAAAGUAUUGCCAGUUUCUUCAAAAAAUAAUUAAGGGAAUUGCAUACUAUUUAUUGUGGUUUAAAUUUACUUGUAAUUCAUAUAAGAAAAUAAGUUAACAGACUUUUAAAGUAAUAAUUGUGUACAUCCAGGUUCGUAUAGCAUUAUACUUAUUAGUUGUCCUGACCUA